UCGAGAGACGAGGUAAAUGACGUCAACGCGGGAAUGAGCCUCUCUGUCUGAUCAUAGCAAGGCCUUUUAUAACCCGCCGACUCCCUGAUAUUUGUAGUAAUGGUCCUGUGGGAUAGUCUCAUUAAUGAUAUUCUCGAUCUCAGUGGUGUUCGUUGUGUGGGCUCCGUUCUUUAAGGCGCAUUGCAGCUUUGCGCAGGGACUCCAGUGUUCCUCUGCAGCAUCCGGUGGAGUCCAGAUCCUGCUGGUGUCUGAGCUUUAGGAGUUGAGUGGGAUGUGUGUCGUCUUUUUAUUCGCAGGCUGUUUGACCAGUGCUCGAGAGACAUGGAGAAUCUGAUCCAGAUCUGUCCCUCGCUACACGGCUGAGCUGGAUCGGAGUCAGGUGGACCAUGCACUGCUCAGAGCGUGUGGUGGUGGAGGAAUGGCUUUCAGAGUUCAAGACGUUACCUGAUGAGCAAAUCCACAGCUAUGCUGGCAGUCUGCGUCUGAAGAAAGCUCUGGUACCUGCGCUGUAUGCUGUUAUACAGGAGCAUCCCAGCAGUGAGCUGCUAGCUCCGGUGUGUCACCAGUUAUUUGAUUUGUACCGGAGUUCAGAGAAGGGAUUGCGUCACUUUACCUUGCAGUUCCUGCCUGAACUCAUAUGGGUGUAUUUGCGUAUUUUGGCCAGUAGAGAGCGCUAUCGCAAUGGCUGUGUGGAAGCACUGCUUUUGGGGAUCUAUAACCUGGAAAUUGUGGACAGUAAAGGAAAUGGCAAGCUGUUGUCAUUCACCAUACCAUCCCUAUCCAAGCCUUCAAUAUACCAUGAGCCAUCCAGUCUGGGUGCCAUGGUGUUAACCGAGGGAGCACUGAACCAGCACGACCUCAUCCGAAUGGUCUACAGCGGCCUGCUUUCUCAGAGAGAGACGUUCACCUCACAGAACAGAUUUGAGGUGCUGUCUUUUCUAAUGCUCUGCUACAACUCAGCCGUGGUCUAUAUGCCUGCGUCCUCCCACCAAUCCGCUUGCAGAAUGAGCAUACGGCUGUGUGUGAGCGGCUACCUGCGGCAGCAGCAGAAGUUGUGGAAGGAGCCAUGCAACCGUGUGCGUUUAGAGCCAGAGUUUAUGGUGCAGAUGUUGACUGCAGUUUAUCAUGCCAUUUAUAAUGGGCAGUGGGAUCUAGGGAGGGAAGCGUUGGACGAUAUCCUCUACCGAGCACAGCUAGACCUGCAUGCCCAGCCAUUACUGGUGGCAAAUGCAAUUAGUCAUUCACUUCCAUCCCGGCCUCCGGAGGGCUCAAGGAACCUUCUCGAAGUUGAAGUAACACCUGCUGGUAGAUGCGUCUCGCAGGCAGCUGUCACUGCCGCCUCCAUUCGCCGCCUUCGUUGGAAACGAGAGGAUGCAGAUGGAGUGAGCUGUGGAGAGGACUCUUUUGACCCAGAUGAAGGCUUCUCCUCUGGUGCUUCCAGCAGCAGUCAGCCCAGCAAUGUGAAACGUUACUGGGUCAUAACAGGAGUUCGACCUUCCCGUGAUCCCAGAGCCAGGCAGAGAGAGAGCAUGUUGGCCGAAACUAGAGCUGCCCUCCAAAGCCUCCACCAACGCCACCAAUCCCCUCCCCCUGCCGUCAGCCACCACAGUGCAGAGAACAGUCGCAGCCCGAGUCCCAGUGCUCCGAGGUGCUUUCUCGACCCACAUUACAUUCCUCCCUUUGCUGGUCCACCAACCAAAACUGGCAGCACGUCUUCUAGCAAGUCCCUGGACUGUACAGGCCUGAAUGGCUCAUCAGGGCCCACAGAUAGCCUGUCGCUGGGUAGUCUCAGUGCAGAUAGAGCCCACUAUCUGUCAGCAAUUAGCUUGCAAGAAGAACGUCUUAGGCGAGCCGCAAGGAGCCAGGAUCUUCUCUCCCCUAGAAGCGCAUUCUCCUCUGGAAGCCCAUUGUCUAAACCGUCUCGAUCAUCCAGUUUUAAUAUGCAGAUUAUAUCACAGGUGUAGAACAAUUUUGCACGGGUAGACUGUGGGAGAGACAAGAGACAGAGAAAGAACCAGCAGAAAUGUUUAACAUGCAUGCGAAUGAGCAUGUUGUCUGUGUGAAAGUGUGAGAAUGAGACUUAUCACUACAUUAUGCACUUGGGUUUGGUGAGGAAAUAAGUGUUUUGCACAAUUCUUCCCCUAGUGGAUAUGUUCAGAAGUGCACAUGAUCCGAGACCAUUUUAAAUGUGCCAUACAAACAAACCAUACCAUAGUGUUAUUUUAAGAGGAACAAAAAUGUGUUACUGUAUCACAGCAAUGAACUUAAGAACUGACAAUCACUGUCAAUGCAUAUAGAAAGACCUAAUGCAUGAUCCAAAGAGCCCAGCUGUAGGACGUCCUAAAGACAUUCUCUUUUGUUUCAUUGUUGCGCUGACUGAGCCUGCUUUCUGUUGCCUGUGCUCUCCAUCCACCACAGAUAAUAAAUUGUGUGGUCUGCCUCAAUGAAAAGCUACACUGUUAAAAGAAAAACAGUACAUGUUGUACUUCGGAGCAAGUUUAUAUUUCAAAUUGUGUAUAUUUGUGUAAAUUAUUAUUGUACAAUAGAAAGAUUGUAUGCUAACAGAAUCUAUAUUGCUUGUACAUAAGAAGUUAUCUACUGAACGGUGAAUAAAUGUGCUGUUCA